CUCAGAAUUCCUUGGUCAUUAUCAUGCAUUUGUCGGGUCUACUUAUUUUUUAAAAUGUCAAGUUUUAGUAUUGUUUAAUGUUUAUAACACGUAAUGUCCGAAAUGCCUGUAAGAUGCAAACAGUGAGAUCGAUCUUCGAAGUUCGUUGGUGAUGAUGUGUUGUGGUUACAGUGUUUUGUGUUGAUGUAGUAGGUUUAUCACGAAGGAAUUUACUGCAGUGUCUCUGAUAACGGUCACUAUGGACCAAGACUGGAAGAAGAGUUUGGGAUUCCCUGUCAACUACAACAGCCAAAGUUCUGAUGACGAUUUUGAUACCAGCGACGUGGUGAUGAGACACCCUCGCCACUCGUCCGGGUUCCUACUCGCUGACGGCGGGGAUGGAUCCGAGGCGGAUCUCCUCGGCACCACGCCCCCACGAUCUAGGAUCAGGGACAAGGAAAAACGCAGGAAUGUAUUGGAGUCCCACGUGAACGCUCAGAAGUCACCAAAGACAAGAAGGCCAGUGGUGGACGAUGACGGCAAUUACGGACAGUCACCACCACUAGUUCGUUUAUUGAAUUCAAUUUCAGACCGUUUGAAGAGACGCAGCAAUUUAAAAUUGGUGAGGGCGAGGGCCCGUGACUGGAAGCAGGACCAGGGUCAGAGGGAGCACCGCGCUGACUCGCUGCCUUCACCGAACCCCACCACCGUCGUGCCCACGCUGGUGGAGUCAUGUAAUCGUUUCAUGUCGCUGACCUCUCGUCUGAAAUGCCCUGAGGGUCUGAAAGACGAGGAUCUGGUGGAGCAGAGGGUGAGGGACGGAAAGGAGGAACUUCCGGCGAACCGCGUCAACUUUCACAAAACAUUCUGCAUGCUAAUCAACAUGGGGAACAUCGAGAAAGGCUGCAGGCGGACGAUAAGUCGAGAGGAGCAGGUGUGGCAGAAUGAACUGAAGGAUCUGAUCUGGUUGGAGCUCCAGGCGACCAUAGCCGGCCGCUCGUUGGCAGAGCAGGACGAGUUCCUGUGCUCGCAGCGGAACGUGGUGCCUAUCAUCGUGCAGAACAUCAUCGAUUACAGAUUCGUGAACACGGAUGCAUGCAAGUAUCACUCGAGACCACUAUGCUUUGAGGGUUCCAAAGAAGAUCUCACCGCAGAUCCUGCUCAUGAUGAUAACAAUACUCAAAACGGCGCCACCACAGAAUACAACGAUGAGUCAAGUGGAUGGGGCUGCGUGUCGUUCAACUGCGUUGCGUGCACGCAAGCUAUAGCGCGUGCAAUGCGCGAGCUGGGCACGCUGCUCGAUUCAUUCUACAACGCGCUCUCGCUGUACCCCUCCAGCAAGGCCAUGACCCUCCACCACCCCCUCAUCGCCACGCAACUCUUCAAGAACAGGCUCAAGGUACUAUUAUUGGGGUAUCUGCUCGAUUCAUUCUACAACGCGCUCUCGCUGUACCCCUCCAGCAAGGCCAUGACCCUCCACCACCCCCUCAUCGCCACGCAACUCUUCAAGAACAGGCUCAAGGUACUAUUAUUGGGGUAUCUGCUCGAUUCAUUCUACAACGCGCUCUCGCUGUACCCCUCCAGCAAGGCCAUGACCCUCCACCACCCCCUCAUCGCCACGCAACUCUUCAAGAACAGGCUCAAGGCGAUGUGCCUGUGGUACAACGUGGCGCUGCACAUGCAUCUGAAGGUGGCGUCGGUGCGCCGUAUGCUGCGCAGCAUGACCGCCAGGCACUCCAGCUGUCCAGACACCAGGCGAACAUCAGACAGCCACAAGCCGAGUCAAGUCCGCUUCAAUUUGAGCGACAACCCCACAGAUUCAAGUAAUAGUGAUUCUAGCACGCAAUCUGAAGUUAUUAAGGAAGAAGCUGGAGAAGAAGCGAAAGAAUUAAACGUAGAAACACCUGAGUGCCAAAGAAAUGAGAGUCAAGAGACUGAAAGUCAUGCCCACGAAGAGCCAAGCGAAGAAGCUGAUACGAAACAGGGUUCAGUGGAGAGUCAAGGUGGAAGUAUGGAGAAGAUUGCACCGUUUAGUGAGGACGAAGUUGAUAGAGGAAUUGAUUGGUACUCCGAAUCGAAUGGGCAGAUAACGCCAGAGUUGGUGAUAUCUGGACAGGCGGGGCCACCUUCGGCGGCUUCGUCCGAGAGCGGCUACGCGUCCGCGAGCGCGGCGUGCUCCCCGGGCGAGCUGGCCGAGCUGGCGCGGCUGCGGCUGCUCGGCCGCUGCCAGGUGUCGCCCUACAGGUGCGUGCCCCCCCGCCCCCCGCCCCCCGCCCCCCGCACCGGGGGCACGUCCGCGAGCGCGGCGUGCUCCCCGGGCGAGCUGGCCGAGCUGGCGCGGCUGCGGCUGCUCGGCCGCUGCCAGGUGUCGCCCUACAGGUGCGUGCCCCCCCGCCCCCCGCCCCCCGCCCCCCGCACCGGGGGCACGUCCGCGAGCGCGGCGUGCUCCCCGGGCGAGCUGGCCGAGCUGGCGCGGCUGCGGCUGCUCGGCCGCUGCCAGGUGUCGCCCUACAGGUGCGUGCCCCCCCCCCCCCGCCCCCCGCCCCCCGCACCGGGGGCACGUGUCGCCCUCCCGGUGCGUGCCGCCCCGCCCCCCGCCCCGCGCCCCCCGCCCCGGGGGCACGUCCGCGAGCGCGGCGUGCUCCCCGGGCGAGCUGGCCGAGCUGGCGCGGCUGCGGCUGCUCGGCCGCUGCCAGGUGUCGCCCUACAGGUGCGUGCCCCCCGCCCCCCCCCCCCCGCCCCCCGCACCGGGGGCACGUCCGCGAGCGCGGCGUGCUCCCCGGGCGAGCUGGCCGAGCUGGCGCGGCUGCGGCUGCUCGGCCGCUGCCAGGUGUCGCCCUACAGGUGCGUGCCCCCCCGCCCCCGCCCCCCGCCCCCCCGCACCGGGGGCACGUCCGCGAGCGCGGCGUGCUCCCCGGGCGAGCUGGCCGAGCUGGCGCGGCUGCGGCUGCUCGGCCGCUGCCAGGUGUCGCCCUACAGGGCCUACCACCAUGAGAUGCUGAAGACGCAGAGCGUCCGGCGCUGCAUGUCGUUCAUGGACAAACUGCGCAAGCACGUGUUAGCGAAGGUCUACCUCACGCUGGAGAAACCUGAUCAUAACGCAUCAGAAACGCAUCUAGACGGUGAAGAUGCCCCAACUGGUGUGUUCGACGAGAGCAAGCACGAAGAGGAGACCGAUGCAGCCGGAGACAAAGAGGCCAUGGUCAAUGAACUGCACAGAUAUGGUUGCUGGUCGGAGGAGUGCCUAGCGAUGCGACUGCCGUCUUACCGCAACUACUUUUUACUUCUGAGCAGCAUUUGCCUGGAGGCCGUCCACGAUUACCUCACUAUGAGACUGGAGGACCGGCCUGAGAAGCCCUCUUGUCUCACUAUCAAACAGCUAAUCCACGAGCUGAAGGAGGGGCUGGAUAUAGCGACGGAGGCGCGCGCAGACUUCGUGCGUAACGUGCGCGUGGCGCUGGCGGGGCGCGCGGGGGGCGCGGGGGGAGCGGGGGCAGCGGGGGCAGCAGGGGGAGCGGAGGGAGCGGGGGGCGGGGCGAGCCCCGUGGGGGCGUGCGGCGCCGCCCGCGCGGACCUGCUGCUGCUGGUGCGCACCUACGACGCCACCGUCGAGGAGGUCAUGCGGCAAUACCUGUCGUACCUGACGACGAUGUCGGAGACGAUGCAGCUAACACGCGCGCAGCUCCAGGCCGAGUGGGACUUCAUGGCGCAGCUCGCACGCCGCGUACACUGCGCCGCCCUCCUCGCACCCGCCGCACACACCAAUAUCACGUGUAACCAGCUGGACCGGGUGUUGCAGCAGUUCCGUUCCAAGUUCUCAAAUAUGAAGGAGACCAUGAAUCACAUCGAUUAUAAAUCUAAAAUUGCGAGCGUGCCGGUCCGCGAGGCGGUGUACGCGCUGUGCCGGGAGACUCAAGCCACGUACGCGAGCGAGCGAGACGCGCUGCUGCAGGCCGUGCAGGCCGCGCGCGCACUCGCACUCCGCCUCGCGCGAGCCGCGCCCUUCCCGAGGGAGAGGGACCGGAUCUUUGAAAAGCUGAUGUCCAUCCGUGAGUUCAUAGUGCGGCACACGGACAUGGUGCUGGAGAAGAGCAGAUCCGUGGACGAGGAACGCACCGCAGAGCUGCACGAGGGGCUCGUGGCGCGCGUGCGGGAGAUGCUGCUGCAGAUGUUCAAGCUCGGGUUCGAGAUCCACCGCGAGUUGUACAGUUUCGUGAACGCGCCGGGUGUACGUUCGUCUUUUGCGUGCUCGCGUCGCUCUCUACUAAACUCGCCGCCGCGCCGCUACAAGCUGGCGCGUUCUGAGAGCGUCAAUGAUGAAUUCGAAGCCAGCGUGUUUGAUGAUCGUCUGUUUGACAAUCUGAAUCCGGAGAAUCUUAACAGCAUAGAACGGCUCUUAUCCGGCGAUGAGCCGGCGGAGGAGCGUGGGCCGGAGAAGCCGGACGCGGCGGACAGGCCGGACGGGCCGGACGGGCCGGACGCGCCGGACGGUGUGCAGCGGCGGUGGGCGGCGACCGUGGCGCGCGCCGUCAUACAGUUCGCCAAGUGCUGGAUGCACUUCGUGGUGCAAAGAUGUGACCGUGGACGAGGAUUGAGACCUAGAUGGGCGAGUCAAGGACUAGAUUUCCUGACUCUGGCUUGCGACCCUUGUAUUACAAAGCAUCUCAGCGAGGAGGAAUUCAAGGAGCUGGAGACGCUGAUGGACGGGUGCAUCUCGCACGUGGUGGGCAGCCGGCCCGCGCCCGCCCCCGCGCGCCCCGCCCCGCCCCGCGCGCCCCGCGCCCGCCGCCCCCGCCCGCAGCCGCCGGCGGGCAGCCCGCGCGGGGUGCCGGCGCCGCCCGCGCCGCCGCUGGAGCCCGCGCCACUCCUCAGCUUCAGGGGACUCGAACCCGCAGGUAUGCGCCGGCGCGUGUGCGGCGCACUGUCCGCGGUGGAGCGCGCGCGCAGCUCGCGGCUGUCCGCGCGCGGCGCGGUGGGGCGCGUGGUGGAGGCGCGCGCGCCGGGGCUGCAGCGCGCGCUCCGGCACGUCACCUUCAAGUGGCAGCGCGGGCUCAAGAUCGGCGCUGGGACCUUCGGGAAGGUGUACACCGUGGUGAACACGGAGAGUGGACAGCUGCUGGCGAUGAAAGAGCUCAGCAUCGGAGCAGGUGACCGCCGCGCCAUACAACGCGCCGCCAACGAACUGCGCGUGCUGGAGGGCGUGGUGCACCCGCACCUCGUGCGCUACUACGGCUGCGAGCUGCACCGGGAGGAGAUGCUGCUGUUCAUGGAGCUGUGCGUGGAGGGCUCGCUGGAGACGCUGGUGGCGGGGUCUGGUCCGCUGCCCGAGCUGACCGUGCGCCGCUACACCCGGCAGCUGCUCAGCGCCGUCAUAGAGCUGCACGCGCGGACCAUCGCCCACCGCGACAUCAAAAGUGGAAAUAUCUUCUUGACGCAUGAGGGCCACUGCCUGAAGCUUGGCGACUUUGGCUGCGCUGUAAAGAUACGUGCCCAUACUACCGCGCCAGGGGAACUGCAGGGCUACAUCGGCACACAAGCGUACAUGGCGCCGGAGGUGUUCAUGAAGUCCACGGGGCACGGGCGAGCCGCAGACGUCUGGUCCGUCGGCUGCGUCGUCACUGAGAUGGCCUCCGGGAAGCGUCCGUUUUCGGAGAGCGACAGCAACUAUCAGAUAAUGUUCGUGGUGGGCAUGGGCGGGCGGCCCGCGGUGCCGGAGUCUCUGUCGGCCGAGGGACAGAACUUCUGCAUGUCGUGCCUCACACACGACCCCGACCACAGGCCGCGCGCGGAGGAGCUCACCAUGCACCACUUCCUCAUGAGCAAUGCCGAUAACGACUGCAAAUGCGAGCCAGCCUAUCUCAUAUAAAUAUCAUCAUAACUGAUGUAUACAUAAAAAAGUUAUUGUGACUUCUAUUUUGUCACUUUCAUUCUAAUCAAGAAAGUAGCUAGAGAGAGGAGGAUAGCAGAGCCUAUCUCAUAUAAAUAUCCAAAGCUAAGGUACAUAUAUGACUGAUUCAUAAAAAAACAUUGUGACUUGUGUUUUGUCACUUUCAUUCUAACCAAGAAAGUAGCUAGAGAGAAAAGGAUAGCAGAGCCUAUCUCAUACAAAUAUUCAUAGCUAAGGUACUCUUAACUGAUGUAUACAUAAAAAAGUCAUUGUGGCUUGUGUUUUGUCACUUUCAUUCUAAUCAAGAAAGUAGCUAGAGAGAGAAGGACAGCAGAUCAUUAGACUGUUUAUGUAAAUAUACACAAAUAGAACGAGAAACACCGCGCGCGCAAACAGUGAGCGCAGUCCUGCGUACAACAAUCGUGCGUGCUUUAGCGCCAUUUUGUAAUUAUUAAUUAUCAUUGCAAAAUGGCGGACAUCUGACUACGAAGCAAAGAUAUAAUUAUAGUUAUUGAUAAUUUAUAAAACCUAUACGUGUCUUUGGAAAAAUAAUAUUUAUAAAAUAAAAAAUAUAAUUUAAAAAGAAAGUGUA